UUCAUAACACAACAAAAAAACAACAAUUACAACAAAAAUGGCUGCCAAAGUUUAUAUCGUCAUCUACUCUCUCUACCACCACAUUUAUACCCUUGCCUUAGAAGUCCAAAAGGGUCUUGUUGCCUCUGGUGUUGAUGCCAAGAUUUUCCAAGUCCCCGAGACCCUUUCUGAGGAGAUCUUGACCAAGAUGCACGCCCCUCCCAAGCCCGACGUUCCUGUUAUUACUGUUGCUGAUUUAAACGAAGCUGACGGUUUCUUGUUCGGUAUUCCCACUCGUUUCGGUACCAUGCCUGCACAAAUCAAGUCUUUCCUUGAUUCCACUGGUGGUCUUUGGGCCUCUGGUGCUUUGGCUGGUAAGUUUGCCGGUACUUUCUUCUCUACUGCUUCUCAACACGGUGGUCAAGAAACCACUGCUUUCACCACCAUCACCUACUUUGCCCAUCACGGUAUGGUAUAUGUUCCCCUCGGUUUCGCCAACCCUCAUCUUUUCGAUAACUCUGAAGUCAUUGGUGGCUCUGCCUACGGUGCUGGUACUGUUGCCAAUGGUGAUGGUAGCAGACAAGUCUCUCAAAAGGAAAAGGAGAUUGCUGUCACUCAAGGUGAAAACUUUGGUAAGAUCGUCUCUACCUUUGUCAAGGGAAAGACCGUUGCUUAGAUACCAUUUUUUUGGAAAAAUAAACUACUUUUUUUUAAAAAAAUACAAAAACACGUGUGGUUUGAAUGUCCGAUGGAUUGCAAGAGAGAGAGAGAGAGAGAAAGAGAG